AUGAAGGAGGCUGGUGGUGUGGGCUGUGUGAGGGUGGCUGCAAGUGGGGCGAGAUGGCUGGGCGAGGUUAGCUAUGGCGAGGUUGCUUGCGUGGCAUGGUGCUUAGAGGAGCUUGUGAAGAUUAUUGAAUGCAGAAAAAAUAACAGACAGAUAGUGGUUCUGGUUUUCUACUUGGUCGAUUCAUCUCAUGUUAGAAAUCAGACAGGAAGCUUUAGAGAUGCGUUUGCUAGACUUGUGAAAGAGAGAGCUUUGGCAAUGGACAAACUGCAGAGCCUCAGAGGCACUUCAAAGGAUGCAGCAAAUCUAUCAGGAUGGGGCUUAGGAAAGUUUGAGUAA